AUAGUUCGGUCUCUUCUCUAAGCAUUUGUGUCAUUGGUUAUCCAGUGACAACAUCUGUGACAGCUAAAGAGACAGAGUGUGUGUUCUUUAUACAUUUAACAUUUAAGUAGCUGAUAAUAUUUUGUGUGUAAAAUUCGUGUAAAAUUCGUGAUUAAAGUUCAAAGAACAAUGGUCUUUAUUCCUAAAAGUAGUACUUACAUGGCUGAUGUAUUGAUAUUGGUAACUAUUGCAAUUUUUGCGGCCGUCGGACACACAAUAGAUGGGAAUGAACUUUUAAGAGGAAAAGUUUGCUAUGGAACAGCUAACGGAUUUUCUCUGUCAGGCAGUCAGAUGUUUCAUUACCAAAGGAUGCGUAAAAGGUAUACUGGGUGUACGUUUCUUCAUGGUAACCUAGAGAUAACGCAUCUAGAGAGCAGAAAAGGAAUGACCUUUGACCUUAGUUUCCUGGAAACGAUCGAAGUAGUGACCGGAUAUGUGUUGAUCUUUAACAACGAUGUUGACGUCAUUCCGUUGACGAAUUUAGUCCAUGUCCGGGGCGAGACUCAGUUUUCAUACAAGGGGAAUAACUACGCUUUUAGCGUUAUACUGUCGGAUAACAGGGGUGGAAUACAAAUGCCUAUGUUAAAAGAGAUAAGUGGAAAUGUUCUGCUUUCCCAUUGGUCAGUUUGUUUUACAAACUCAAUAGCAUGGGAUGUUCUUAUACAAGGAACUCUGACAGAAUCGAGCGUAGAGGAACCAGCGGGAUGUUUGCAGUGUGACGAUUCAUGAUCUACUGUAGACGGGAUUCAACGAUGUUGGGGACCCGGGCCUGAUCUUUGUCAGAAAGUAAAACGUAUGGAAUGCGAUUGGCAUUGUGAAAAUGGCACAUGCUUCGAGGAAGGCUUGAUGGGAUGUUGUCAUCCGGAAUGCCUCGGAUGUAACGAUGGCUGGAUUGAUACAGCUUGUGAGUAUUGCAGACACUACAGUUACCAAGGUCAUUGUAUUCCGAAUUGUCCUUCUGAGACAUUUUCACACAUGGACAAAUGUAUCCGCUUUGACGAGUAUUAUGCUGCCAAUGAAAACAACUUUACCUAACUUUGUGUUGUAAUAAUAUUACCUAACUUUGUGUUUUAACAAUUUUACCUUGUUGUGUGUUUUAACAAUUUUACCUAACUUUGAGUUUUG